UGUCCCCAUCUGUUGUCAUUGCUGGGGGAAAAACUGACCGAUGUUCCAAGGCACGCGCUUCAGAAUGACCUACGCAUCAAGUUCCAAGCCGUCAGUAAUUUGAUGAGAGACCUAUACCAGCAGGCACCAAACCCGUACGACAUCAAUGAUACCAAGCGCAUGAAAGAGUCAGCCAGGCCAAGAUGGGUCAGGACACGAGUGCAGCUCUAUAACGCCAUCGGCAAACUCAAGGCUGCCGAGGAACCCCUUCUGGACUGCGCAAUGGGGUACCGGGGUCGGAUGACUGAGGAUCAGUGGAUCAAAGUGUUGGAACAAGUAACGGGACAAUUAAAUGCGAUCAAAGCUGCUGGCUGCCACAAGCUGUACGCUGACCUCCUUGGACCGGGACUGGCAAGCCGGUGA